AUGUCCAUUGUGGGCAAGUUUCUGUUCGUUUCUGGUCAAGUAAUUGUGUUAAAGGUGGUAGAUCUUGACCUAAAAACAACUUGCGAGGAACCUGGAGUCCACUACCUCCCAAUUACCCCAUUGUUUGCUUCAUUUUGUGCUCCGUGUGUUGCAGAAGCAGUGGCCACUGAUGACGAGUGUAAUUUUUUUGUUCUGGGAAAGAAAAUCUACAAUACGUUCACUUCCUCAAGCGAAGACGUUGAGAUCCCUUGCGUCUAUGACCACUCAAACCCAAGAUUUUCUGCAAUUGCGGAAGCGUCAAAAAAGGCACUGAUCUUUAGCGCUGCUGGAGAAUUGUUCAUAGGCGAGAACCUUGCACAAAUAAUUUGCACCGAGGUCGAUUGGGUAUUUCCAAAAGUGAAGAAUGAACAGGUUUCGCCUGGAAAAAGCAUGCGCAGGCAAAAGUUUCUGAGCAUAGAGGAGAAACAAAUAGUGGUGGUUGAUGACAAUGAAUCUCACAAAAAAGUUUGCACAGAGCUGGGUCCACUGAACAGGCCCAUCACAAGAGCAAAAGCCUUACAAACGACGAUGGAUCAAGUUAACAGAAAGGGGAAAGGACCCGAGUUGCCAUGUUCCAAUGACGAAGAGGAAGACCUUGAUCUUGAUCACUGA